AUGGCGAAGCACUUGGAGACCAUCAAUUUGUCAUUUUUGUUGGAACAUGAAAGGGAAACAAUAUUGGGAGUAUUGAAGAGAGAUGAGUAUCUGAAAAAAGUUGAAGAUAAGAGGAUAAGGAAAUUGAAAAAUGAGCUCCUGGAAGUAAGAAGGAAAGGUGGAAACCAUCAUUGCCAACAGGACAAUAGCAGGGUGUGUGUUCGCUGUCAGAAAAACCUGGGCUUAAUCUUUGACAGAGGAGACCUGUGCCAAACCUGCAAACUUCGAGUUUGCAACAAGUGCCGUGUCGUGGGAACUGAUGGGCAGUGGAAGUGCUCGGUGUGCGACAAGAUCGCACAGCUACGGAUAGUGACAGGAGAAUGGUUUUUUGAAGAGAGAGCAAAGCGCUUCAAACAAUCAAAUCUUGGAACCGAUGUUGUCAGACAGUCUAUCCUACGCAAAUUCCCAGAUACGGUUUCCAAUAAAGAUGAAGGAAGAACAUUUAAAGAUGAACCCCAAGAGAAUGAAGAAAAAAGGACAGAUGUAUCAGUUUCCUCCACAACUGGGCAUAAAUCAGUCUUCAGUGGACCUAGAAAGAUAGGGAAGGUAAUUAGGGCAGCUACCAAAGGAGAAAUUACAAAUACAAAAGAUGAAGGUGAAAGGAACACAGGCUCAGAAGCUGAAACCAAAAGUCUUCGCAGUGGCAAGUCAACACCUUGCUCUGAGAGAGGGAGCACUCUCUCACUGAACGGCAGCGAUGCAGAGGCCACCGCGGGCCAUCCGAAAGGGGCCGUGGGUCCUGCGAGCAGAAGCAAUGUUUCCGUACCUUCCCUCCCUAGGCCUCCGGCACUCAGCACGCGCAGCAUGACCGCAGAUUAUAGCAGGGACAUUGGCUUAGAAAAUGGCAUGAUUAUUCCAGCAAGUGAAAGUGUACCUGAAGAUUUAGUGAAGAAGCACUGUAGGAAAGCAUCUGGAACACCUUCCAUUGCAGUUUCUAGGGUAUCUUUGUCAUCAGAUCGUAGCCGAUCUGAGAUAGAUUUAAGUGAAUCUUUCUCUGAAGGAAAUGAGGAGACUCUGAGCAUAAGAAGCAAAUCUGUACCUAGUGCCUUAGAUCAGGAACUGGAUUAUCUGGAUGAAAGAGAAGAAGAUAUUGAUGACAUAGUGGCCUCUCGUUAUUCAAGGAAACAUGGACAUUUGACAAGUGGAUUAUCAACAAACUCCCCAGAAGGCUCUGACAGAAAAUGGAUGUAUUUAAAUGUGCCUGAAACAGACGGUGAUACUACUAGCAUUAACAGCAUGCUGAGUGUAUAUAGUGAAACUGGUGACUAUGGCAACGUGAAGGUCAGUGGUGAAAUCCUUCUCAACAUCAACUACAGCUACAAAACAGGUGCCCUCAACAUCUUGGUGAAAAGUUGCAGAAAUCUGGCCGUUGCAGAUGAGAAGAAGCAAAGGACCCAUCCAUAUGUCAAAGCUUACCUUCUACCUGAUAAAUCCCGCCAAAGUAAACGCAAGACCAAAAUUAAAAGUAACAGCACCAAUCCAGAAUUUAAUGAAAUGCUGAAGUAUGUCAUCAGUCACACACAGCUAGAAACCAGGACCCUGCAGCUUUCUGUCUGGCACUAUGACAGAUUCGGACGCAACAGCUUUCUUGGGGAGGUGGAAAUUCCAUUCGAUUCCUGGAACUUCGAAAAUCAGGGUGACGAGUGGUUUGUGCUCCAGCCCAAGGUGGAGGUUGCGACAGAUGUUGGGCUUCAAUAUAAAGGAGAACUGACAGUUGUUUUACGUUACAUUCCCCCAGACAGAAACCUAAUGCUUCCUCUAGGGCAGUUUCAAGGAAAGAAGAGCUUUAAAAAAGGAAAAAAGAGAGACUCUCACAUGCCAUCUGGAGGUAUAUUAGAAGUCCUCAUCAAAGAAGCAAAGAAUUUAACAGCGGUGAAAUCAGGAGGCACAUCUGACACUUUUGUGAAAGG